AGCAGAAGAGACAAGACAAGCCUCAAACAAAACAAACAACUUAUGGCACAAAAAGAAAGAGGACUGAGGGCCUGAUCAGGGCCGAGGAUUUGCAAAAAUGUUCUGUCUAUAAAAAUAGGAGAUGGAUUUCAUGGAAGAGGGGUGAAAUUUUGUCGCGGUUCCUCCGGACUGUGAGACGACUCUGGGACACUCGCGGACAAUCGUGCACAUCGACGCCGACUGUUUCUACGCCCAGGUGGAAAUGAUCGAAAACCCUUGUCUCAGGGACAAGCCUUUGGGCAUCCAGCAGAAGAACAUUGUCGUCACCUGCAACUACGUCGCCAGGGAACACGGAGUCACAAAAUUGAUGCUCCUCCAAGAUGCACAGAAAGCGUGCCCGAAUUUGGUGCUGGUGAGCGGAGAAGAUUUGUCCAAGUACCGCGCCAUGUCGGACAAAGUGACCGAACUUCUGCAAUCGAGAUUCGCUUCUUUGGUCGAGCGGCUCGGCAUGGACGAAAAUUUUGUCGACGUCUCCGACCUGGUGAAAAACCACAAGGCCGAGGGGCAGGUCAAAGGUCACGUGUACUCGGAAUCGAAUCCAGCGGGCGAGUGCGUUUGCGGGUGUGACCAAAGGGUCAAGAUCGGGUCACACAUUGCCGAGGACAUGCGCGCGGCGAUUUUCGACGAAUUGGGCCUGACGACCUGUGCGGGGGUUUCGUACAACAAAGUCCUGGCCAAGCUCGUGGGCAGCACGCACAAGCCGAACCAGCAGACGACCCUCUUCAGCGGCCAGGUCCUGACCCUCAUAAACGGCCUCUCAGGAGUAAGGUCGAUUCCUGGCAUUGGUCGGCAAAUGUCGAACCUUCUCAAGUCUCAGAGAAUCUUGGAAAUAUUCGACCUGCAGUCUGCCUCCCUGAAUAAGUUGGAAAAGGUUUUCAAGAACAAGGAAAGGGCGAAGCUGGUGCAGAAAUUGGCCUUUGGAAUCGACGACUCGCCCGUCAAGCCGAGUGGGAAACCAAAGAGUUUAGGAAUCGAGGACGCCGUUCAAGGAAUUAAAACUGCAGAAGAGGCGGGAACAAAAAUCCGAAUCCUCUCAGGCCGGUUGCUGGACCUGCUCGUAAGUCAGGAGGACAAUCGACAACCUGGGACGGUCAGACUGACCCUGAGGAAGUGGAACAAACUGACGAAGGAGGCCAAGAGGGAGAGCAGGCAGGCGGCCAUGCCCAAUCUACUCCCCGUGCAGACCGAAAACUUCAAGAGCAGUUCUUUGGACAAAAUGAUGCCUUUGUUGAUGAACCGAUUUGCGGAUAUCGUGAAAGACACGAAUUUCCACCUGACUCUGGUCGGGGUGGCGUUUACGAAUUUCAGAGAUAAGAAGUGCGGAAAGGGGUCGAUCAGUUCUUUUCUGCAGCCGGCGCCCAAGAAGAUCAAAACAGAUGCAGAAGCGUCCACCAGUCAGGAAAAGGCUCUUCCGCCAAACGUGGACAAACAAGUUUUUGAAGCUCUUCCACCGGAAAUGAAAGAGGAAAUUUUGAGUGAAUGGAAAAGCAGGCCAAAAGCAAGCCCUGACAAGACUAGAAAGAAAAGUUCCAUUGCUGAUUAUUUCAAUAAAAAGUGAUAUUAUAACUAAUAA